CGUUCAGUGCGUGCGUAAGUGGAGGUAGUAAUAGUGGCAGUGGAGUAGGAGAACACGACUGUGAAAAUAAGAACCGUGUGGCGUGUUGCUGUCUAUACGAGAAGGUGGAGUGAGGGAACCAAGGAGGGGCCAACACCGCAGUGGGCACGAUCUUCUUCAAGUCCGUCAGUUGGUCGGUGAUCGAGCUUGGCCUCGGAACGGGUUGUUUGUUAAGUAUCACCUGUUAACCGUCACGAUGUACUACUAUCCAUCACAGGGCAAUCUCCAGCUUCGACUUUACGAAAUUAAACAAAUCUUUUAUUUUGCAGAUAUCGCGUGAAAUGAUAUUCCAGUGUUCUAGGUCACCACAUAUUAUUAUUAAUAUUUAGUUUAUUUUCUUUUUCUCGAAAAUCGAAGUUUUUUUUACCGGAACCUGCAGACGGGCGGCCAUUUGCCGUAGUUGCGUACGCGCCUUAGACAUGCACUUGAGGGUUCUCCGUUCCAGUACCAUAUAUCCUGAUUACGGGAUCAUGGAUAAAGAAAUGAACAUACAAACUCGGGCAUAAUCGUGACACAAUUAGCCACAAUUGUGAAGAAAGCAGCGCGGAGCGAAGUGAGGAAAUAAAAUGUAGGAGUGUAAUUUGUUAUUUCGCAGCGACUACUUAUUUAGUUGUACGUAACGAUAAUAUAACCCAUAAGUCGUUAUCACUUUGGACAGAAUCUAUCCCAGGUUUGCUGCUCCCCCCCCCCCUUAAAGAAGGAUAAAACUUCCCUCCGCCAACAAGAAGCUUGUAGAACAUACAUUCGGGGCCCUUGAGGCUGUAUAUACAUACUUGUUAAAACAGAAAUUUCUUGGGUUUCUACAGCCUCCAGAACGAAGUACUCUGAACCAGUUCUUCCUUGCCAGCUACGUUAGCUAAUGUAUACAUGUUGGAAGGGGAACGGUGGAUUAGAAACGUGUGUGUUAAGCCUGGUUUGUUUCAUAUAUACAAGCCACGAGCCCAGGGAUCAACUUAUUACAAACACAGCCCGACGAUACACACGUGCACACAGACAAGAGGACUCAACGGUGUUCCACGUGGAAGGCAGAUGGAUUAACCUGCAAAUAUCACACAUCAUGGGGCCAAGGUGCGGCACACGAGAUGGGGGUUUCUUUAUGUGUACAAAUUUAUUUUUCAAUUAUUAUUAACUAAACACAUGCAUAUUCUUGUGCUAAAAAAAUCACGUUUUUGUAAUGGCCAAUCGGUUUCUUUAGAAAAUUCCUGCCAUGUAACUUCAAUUCCAGGAACUUUCUUCCGUAGUGGCAUUAAACGUCACGUCUGGUACAAGUCGAAUGCAGUAUAUGUGUGUGUGAUCAAAUGCGGCAAUCAAUGGUAAGGUUGUUAAUCUGUUCUACGAGUGAGGGUCCAGUAUAAGCCAGUCGCAGCCCAAACAAUGUCUCUGCAUGCGUGUGUAAGAGAAAUGUUCGAAAGACGUUGUGAAGUUUUAGCGGUCGUGGCGAGCAGCUGGCAGUGAUAUAUCCGGGCCUACUGCACGGAUCGACUUAUCGUGGUUCUUCUUAGACUUCUGUGCUACUGCCAUUCAUGAAUAACAGCAGUCUUAGCGUGUAAUUACACCAUUGUGCCCUAAUUAACACGCCUCCAUUACUACGCAGUGAAUAUAACAUGAUGGGCACGGGCUCAGAUUUCAGGAGGAAUAGUGAACGACCAGUUAUAUGAGUGUAAAAUCAGAGGAAUUGCAUUUUUAGAGCUCUCUUAUGGCAGUAGUUUGUGCGAAGUGUUAUUAAGUGACCGUAUCAUAUAAAUAACGAACUCACUGACACUUAAUAAUUCAUGACCGUAGUGCGUGGACAAGAAAUUAAUUCUACAAUAAAGAUAGCAGCCAUUGAUGUACUGUGUAAUCGCUCGCUCCGCACGCGAUUUGUGUUCUUAUGUGUUCAUAUGUUACGAAGUGCGUUUUGUGUCGGUGUUGAAUGUGUUUUAGUUCCAAUAUUUGCUAAAGAGCAUUUGGAACUACAAAAGACAUGCAAGACGGUGUUGUUUUGUCUUUGUAAAAUACCUCAUCGUCUCCAGGGACAGCACCUCCUCCAAAACAAAGAAGGUUAUGUGAUGGAGUGGACUCAGCAAAUCGCCUUAUAAGCGCGACGUUUCAUCAUCAGCACCGCCGUCCCCAACGUCAUCGAAGCGCCGCGAAUCGCCCCCUGUGAGUGCACAUGUGGGGACAACUCAAAGAGCGGGUCGUUACCUCUACAAGUAGCCGCAUCGCCAUCGGUGAAGUUGGAGGGACGGACAGUCUCUAGCUGAGCGCUUUGCCCAGCAGCUGCUGGUCCAUGGUCGGCGAGUCUACUAUGCGAAUUGCUAACCUGAGGACCCUCAUCGCGGUGCUCUCCCUGGCCGCCAUUUUGUUCCCGCGCUCUACUACCCAGAACAACGAAUCCUCCUCGGUGAACCACCCUGGCAACAGCAAGGACCAUCUGUACGUGGCCCGGGACGGAGGAGAGAAUUCGUUCUUUAACGAGGACAGGGAGAGUCGCCAGCUGACGAACCGAGAGAUGCAGUUGCUGCUGCGUCUGGAAGGCGGUGAUGAAGGGCAUCCCGUGGACUGCUGCCCUUCGGUGGAGGAAAUGGUGGAGCCCGAGGGCGGUCGGAACAAGGACGACAUGUAUGUAGUGCUGUUCAGGAAUGGCGACAUUCGACAGAGAUUCUACGAAUACUCGUGCAAAGAGAGUGUGGUAGGGAAACCGUGUCGGUUCUUAAACAGGCGACUGCAUAACCAGUCUCGGUGCGUUCAGAAAUUCUCUUAUUCCUACGCGAUUGUAAGGAACCCGGGAGCCUCGACAUCGUCUGCAGAGUUUGGUUCCGGAGAACCGCAGAGGCACCACUACCACCGCCACAGACCCUCUCACUUGCCAGCCCUUCCUCUAACCACCUCUACUCCCAACUCGUUUGGUGGCUCAGAGUGGAUGCUUGACUACAUCCGUGUACGCAGUGGGUGUGGGUGUGAAGUGAUGCCCAAACCCAAGAAGAAGCAUUCAGCUGCCAACAAGGGAAAGAAAACUAAAAGCACGAAACUUUAUAGUGAAGACGAUUUACAGACCUAAAGACUUAUAAAUAUUAAUCGUAGUGAUUAUUAAUGUAAUUAUAGAUGUGUUGUUAUAUUGACAUUCGGUCCUGUCGCCGCCUCUUCAUCUCCCAUCAAAAUGUAUUACGCUUAUCAGUUGAAGAAGGCACGGGAAAAAGUUGUUACGGUGUAUUGCUGUGCAGGAUGUUUUCCAUAGUGCUAAGCAUGAGCCAUUAAAUUCCAAUUUUUGGGCCUCAAGCAGUAACAUAAGUAGUUUCCAAAGUCAUUCUGUAUAGAUUUCUACAAAAGUAGGAAACGUCAGGAUUUUGACCCCUAGAGAAGGUAAAAGAGAUAUGUUAAUGAUGCUCAGUUUGCAGUUAUAACUGUGGAACAAAACAAUAUCAGAGACCAGAGUCAGCACAUAUGGGUUGUUUCUUUUGCAGAUUCUUCCCACACAGAAUUCCUUGGAGGCAUAUGACUUUUAUAUCAGGAGCCACAUUUGACCCAUUUGUCAGUGCAAGAUCCGGAAGUCCUGGAAAAUGUUAGGCCUGUACAAAAUUUUCUUUAUCACCUCAGUUUUGAUUUUCUGGCCACUUUGGAUAUCCCCACAGUAAACAAUGUCAGCCAAAACGGAAGUCCUGCACUGGAGGAACGUUGAGGUGUCUUCAUUUACACCUAUUGUUUCUUUUACAAUUAAUGUCCUAAAAUCUGACAUGUCAUAAUUUUAAAUACAACUUUCUCAGGUGUGUUUUUCAAUUAAGUCAAUAUUAAUUAUGUAGAUGGAUCUGUUACUAAAUUAAUACUGCAAUUUAUCCAUUUGUUCAUUUGCUCAUGAAGUCAUAAUUCUGUUAACAACUAUUAUAUUACCAAGACUUGAAAGUUUUAACUUUAGUGUAUGAGACGUGUGCAUGUGUGGUUGUAAAUUCAGAUGUAUCUUUGUCUGCCUGAAUGUGUAAUUUUAUCCUUUAGUGUUUCAUGACUAUUUUGUAUGGCUGGAUGACUGAGUGAAAUGAAGUUGAAGCACUAGAGAGACUGAGGUUACAUGUGUUCCAAUAGGAACAUGAUUAUGUCCCUUAUUUAUUGUAAGGGAACACACUUUUGGUUUGUUUCAGUGACAGUGAGUAAGAAUGCCUUUCUUUCCACCUUCAGGUUACUCAUUAUGCACUGAAAUUGCUAUCAACUGCAGAAAGCUCAAGGCCACAGCAAACCAGAUAACAUUAUGGCCAGUUUUCUCAGGUGCUUGUAUUAUUUUAAUUAUUACAAUUAUUAUUUGUAUAAUUUAAUUAACAGUCAUUCCUUAGGUGUGAAUCACAUCUUUGCAUGUUUGCUAAUAUAUUCUUCCUCGCAAAAUAUAAAUUGUUUCUGUAUCUUUAGUAAAAGAAUUCUGGUGGAAAAGAGAUCUGUUUAAUCUUAUAAUAAAUUUUGGCAGUCUGUACUUAGGAACUUACAGUAUUCAAUUUACAAUGAGAGAUUUAAGUGCACAUUUGAUUUGAUAUGUGCUUCAAUAGCAAGGAGCAGCUGCAUGCAGUGCUGUGUAUGGUAUGAGUUGCAGUCCAGGAAGUGGUAUUAAUAUAUGAUAACACAUUAUUGUUUGAUGUUAUGUGCGGAAUGACUUACAAGAAUUGUAUGCAGAAAAGUACACUCAUCUGACUUAUUUCAGAAUUGGAAUUGAAGCUAGAGGAAAUUUGUAUUUGUUUUUAUGCUUCACUUUCCUAUGUAAACUAUAAUUCUCAUCCACCUGUCUCACAGAUACAAUACUGGGGAUGGACAGCUUAUCUUUCCACGAUAAAAACAAAAACUAAACACUAUUUUCAUCCUACAUAUUUCACUUACCAAACUUUCAAGAAUACAUUGACACACAAAGUGAACACCAGCAGUGAUAGUGCAGGACGCAGGUCAGGAAUAUCAACAGAAUAAUACUGGAGUACAUCUGUUUCCUUAAUCCCUCUUUCUUCAUGUAUGAAACUUCUGUAAUGGUGAGUGAAAGCUCUGAAAUUAUGCAAUUUUCCAUUACCAUACCAAUGAAAUAUCAAGCAUUAAACAUGUUGCAUGAAUGCAAGUUAUGUAAGUCAUGAUGCCAUAGGAGGGCCGUGCUAUAGCUCAAGCGGUUAGUUGCUAGCUUCCCACUGCGGCGGCCUGGGUUCGAUCCUGGGUCUG